AUGGGCAACGUCCUGGCCGCCGGCUCCCCCCCUCCCCCCCCCCACCGCCCCUCCCCCGCUCCUGCCGGUGCCCCCCGGUUUUGGGGGACCCCCCCCCCGUCAGUGCUUUGGGGGGACCCCCCCCCCCCGCCGCGCCCCACAGAACCGGGGGGGGACCCACUGCCCAACCCCGGCGCCUUCGAGGAGUGCCACCGCCGCUGCAAGGAGCUCUUCCCCGUCCAAAUGGAGGGUGUGAAGCUGACGGUGAACAAGGGGCUCAGCAACCACUUCCAGGUGAACCACACAGUCGCCCUCAGCACUUUGGGGGAGUCCAACUACCAUUUCGGGGCGACCUACGUGGGGACCAAACAGCUCAGCCCCACAGAGGCGUUCCCGGUGUUGGUGGGGGACAUGGACAACAGCGGCAGCCUGAACGCCCAGGUCAUCCAUCAGCUGACGGCGCGCCUCCGCUCCAAGGUGGCUUUCCAGACGCAGCAGGCGAAGUUCGUCAACUGGCAGGUGGACGGGGAAUAUCGGGGGGCUGAUUUCACGGCCGCCGUCACCCUGGGGAACCCCGAUAUCUUGGUGGGGUCAGGGAUCGUGGUCGCCCACUACCUCCAGAGCGUCACCCCGACUUUGGCCCUGGGCGGGGAACUGGUCUACCACCGCCGUCCCGGGGAGGAAGGCACCGUCCUCUCCCUCGCCGGCCGCUACACAGCGCCCAACUGGAUCGCCACCCUGACGGUGGGACAAGCGGGCGCUCACGCCACUUAUUACCACCGAGCUAACGAGCAGCUGCAGGUUGGGGUGGAGUUCGAGGCGAGCACCCGGCUGCAGGACACCAGCGUCGCCUUCGGGUACCAACUGGAGCUGCCCAAGGGGAACCUGCUCUUUAGGG